CCGGCCUCCCGCGCGCACCUCGGCCUCUGCUUUCCCGCAGCUAGCCAGCUGGGGGGUGCGGGGCCGGCUGCCCUCCCGCAGCAAACUUUGCUUGCUGCUGAAUAUUGAUGAGUGCAAUCGGCUCGGCCAGGAGUUGCUGCCGCGGCUGCGGGAAGGAGCGUGGCCCGAGCAGGCGGCGGCGGCGUCGGCAGCAGCCAUGUUUGUCAAGCUGUAGCAGCAGCUGCUGCUGCUCUGACUCGGCUUCACCGGCUGCCUUCGUUUCUCCCACUGCCGCUUCCCGUCCCCCAGGUCCUGCAGCCAUGGACCGAGCCGGCCUGCAUUCAGGAAGGUUGAUGGUGGCCCAGGAUGGAUCAGACCUGUGAACUACAUAGAAGAAAUUGUCUGCUGCCCUUUUCCAAUCCAGUGAAUUUAGAUGCCCCUGAAGACAAGGACAGCCCUUUCGGUAAUGGUCAAUCCAAUUUUUCUGAGCCACUUAAUGGGUCUGCUAUGCAGUUAUCGACUGCCAGUGGAACAUCCCAAAAUGCUUAUGGACAAGAUUCUCCAUCUUGUUACAUUCCACUGCGGAGACUACAGGAUUUGGCCUCCAUGAUCAAUGUAGAGUAUUUAAAUGGGUCUGCUGAUGGAUCAGAAUCCUUUCAAGACCCUGAAAAAAGUGAUUCAAGAGCUCAGUCGCCAAUUGUUUGCACUUCCUUGAGUCCUGGUGGUCCAACAGCACUUGCUAUGAAACAGGAGCCCUCUCAUAAUAACUCCCCUGAACUCCAGGUAAAAGUUACAAAGACUAUCAAGAAUGGCUUUCUGCACUUUGAGAAUUUUACUUGUGUGGACGUUGCAGAUGUAGAUUCUGAAAUGGACCCAGAACAGCCAGUCACAGAGGAUGAGAGUAUAGAGGAGAUCUUUGAGGAAACUCAGACCAAUGCCACCUGCAAUUAUGAGCCUAAAUCAGAGAAUGAUGUAGACGUGGCCAUGGGAAAUGAACAAGACAGCACACCAGAGAGUAGACACGGUGCAGUCAAAUCGCCAUUCUUGCCAUUAGCUCCUCAAACUGAAACACAGAAAAAUAAGCAAAGAAAUGAAGUGGACGGCAGCAAUGAAAAUUCAGCCCUUCUCCCAGCCCCUUUUUUACUAGGAGAUACAAACGUUACCAUAGAAGAGCAAUUAAACUCAAUAAAUUUAUCUUUUCAGGAUGAUCCAGACUCCAGUACCAGUACAUUAGGAAACAUGCUAGAAUUACCUGGAACUUCAUCAUCAUCUACUUCACAGGAAUUACCAUUUUGUCAGACCAAGAAAAAGUCUACACCACUGAAGUAUGAAGUUGGAGAUCUCAUCUGGGCAAAAUUCAAGAGACGCCCAUGGUGGCCCUGCAGGAUUUGUUCUGAUCCGUUGAUUAACACACACUCAAAAAUGAAAGUUUCCAACCGGAGGCCCUAUCGACAGUACUAUGUGGAGGCUUUUGGAGACCCUUCUGAGAGAGCCUGGGUGGCUGGAAAAGCAAUUGUCAUGUUCGAAGGCAGACAUCAAUUUGAAGAGCUACCUGUCCUUAGAAGAAGAGGGAAGCAAAAAGAAAAAGGAUAUAGGCAUAAGGUUCCUCAGAAAAUUUUGAGUAAAUGGGAAGCCAGUGUUGGUCUUGCUGAACAGUAUGAUGUUCCCAAAGGAUCGAAGAACCGAAAAUGUAUUACCAGUUCGAUCAAAUUGGACAGUGAAGAGGAUAUGCCAUUUGAGGACUGUACAAAUGAUCCUGAAUCAGAACAUGACCUGUUGCUUAAUGGCUGCUUGAAAUCUCUGGCUUUUGACUCUGAACAUUCUGCAGAUGAGAAGGAAAAGCCUUGUGCUAAGUCUCGAGCCAGAAAGAGCACUGAUAAUCCAAAAAGGACUUGUGUGAAAAAGGGCCACAUGCAAUUUGAAGCACAUAAGGAAGAACGGAGGGGAAAGAUUCCAGAGAACCUUGGCAUAAACUUUAUUUCUGGGGAUGUAUCUGAUAAGCAGGCAUCUAAUGAACUUUCCAGGAUAGCAAACAGCCUUACUGGGGCCAGCACUGCCCCGGGAAGUUUCCUGUUUUCUUCUUGUGCAAAAAACACUGCAAAGAAAGAGUUUGAGACUUCAAAUUGUGACUCUUUACUGGGCUUGUCUGAGGGUGCCUUGAUUUCUAAACGUUCUGGGGAGAAAAAGAAACUCCAGCGAAGUCUGGUAUGCAGUUCAAAAGUGCAACUCUGCUAUAUUGGAGCAGGUGAUGAAGAAAAACGAAGUGAUUCCAUCAGUAUCUGUACCACUUCUGAUGACGGAAGCAGUGAUCUGGAUCCUAUAGAUCACAGUUCAGAGUCUGAUAACAGUGUCCUUGAAAUUACAGAUGCUUUUGAUAGAACAGGGAACAUGUUGUCUGUGCCGAAAAACGAAAAGGUAAAGUAUUCUAGGUAUCCUGCCGCAAACACUAAGGUAAAAGCAAAGCAGAAGUCCCUUCUUACUAACUCACAUACAGACCACUUAACAGAUUGUACUAAGACAGCAGAGUCUGGAACGGAGACAUCUCAGGUUAAUCUCUCUGAUUUUAAAGUGUCCACUCUUCUUCGCAAACCCCAAUCGGAUUUUAGAAAUGAUGGUCUCUCUUCAAAAUUCAACACCCCAUCAAGCAUUUCCAGUGAGAACUCAUUAUUAAAGGGUGGGGCUACGAAUCAAGCUCUUUUACAUUCGAAAAGCAAACAGCCCAAGAUCCGAAAAAUAACGUACAAACAUAAAGAAAAUCCAGUUCUAGUAGAACCUCCAGUUACAAAUGAGGACUGCAGUUUGAAAUGCUGUUCUUCGGAUACCAAAGGCUCUCCUUUGGCCAGCAUUUCCAAAAGUGGGAAAGUGGAUGGGCUAAAACUACUGAGCAACAUGCAUGAGAAAACCAGGGAUUCGAGUGACAUAGAAACAGCAGUGGUGAAACACGUUCUGUCAGAGUUGAAAGAACUCUCUUACAGAUCUUUAAGUGAAGAUGUCAGUGACUCUGCAACAUCAAAGCCAUCAAAACCAUUACUUUUUUCUUCUGCCGCUAGUCAGAAUCAUAUACCUAUUGAACCAGAUUACAAGUUCAGUACAUUGCUGAUGAUGUUGAAAGAUAUGCAUGACAGUAAGACCAAGGAGCAACGGUUAAUGACUGCUCAAAACUUGGUCUCCUAUCGGAGUCCAGGUCUUGGGGACUGUUCUACCAGUAGUCCUGUAGGGACUUCUAAGGUCUUGGUUUCAGGAGGCUCCACUCACAAUUCAGAAAAAAACAGGGAUGGCGUUCCAGAUCCAGUUCGUCCUAGCCCCAGUGGGGGUGACUCUGCACUGGCUGGGGACUUGUCUGCUUCUCUGCCUGGCUUAGUGGCCGACAGAAGAGACCUCCCUACUGCCGGCAAAAGUCGUUCAAACUGUGUUACUAGGCGCAACUGUGGGCGAUCAAAGCCACCAUCCAGAUUGCGAGAUGGUUUUUCAGGCGAUAUGGUGAAGAACACAGUGAACCGGAAAGCCUUAAAGCCAGAGCGCAAGAGAAAACUGAGCCGGCUUCCAGCUGUGACUCCAGAGGCUGCCCCGCAGGGAGACAGAGCGGGUGGGGGUUCAGAGAGUGGCUUCUCGAGAGGUGGGGCAAAAGACCCUGGUAAAGAAGAACCCCUUCAGUUAACAGGCCCUUUAACAAGUGAGGACGGUGCCCAUUUUUCUGAUGUUCAUUUUGACAACAAAGUUAUCCAGUCUGACUCUGAUAAGGUUCCUGAAAAAGUCCCCUCUUUUGAAAAUAGAAAGGGCCCAGACUUGGACUCUGAAAUGAAUAGUGAGAAUGACGAACCCAAUGGUGUAAAUCAAGUGGUGCCUAAAAAACGGUGGCAGCGUUUAAACCAAAGGCGCACUAAACCUCGUAAGCGCACUAACAGAUAUAGGGAGAAAGAAAACUCUGAGGCUGGCUUUGGGGUCUUGCUUCCUGCUGACCCUGUAAAGAAGGGGGAUGAGUUCCCAGAGCAUAGACCUCCUCCUUCCACGAACAUCCUGGAGGAUGUGGUGACAGAUCCAAAUCAUGCCAGCCAUUUAGAUUCAGUUGGGCCACGAUUGACUGUUUGUGAUAAAUCCAGUGCCAGCAUUGAGGAGAUGGAAAAGGAGCCAGGAAUUCCCAGUUUGACUCCCCAGCCUAAGGUUCCUGAACCAGCUGUGAGGUCAGAGAAGAAACGCCUUAGGAAGCCAAGCAAGUGGCUUCUGGAAUAUACUGAAGAAUAUGAUCAGAUAUUUGCUCCUAAGAAAAAACAGAAGAAAGUACAGGAACAAGUGCACAAGGUAAGUUCCCGCUGUGAAGAGGAAAACCUUUUAGCACGAAGUCGAUCUAAUGCUCAAAACAAGCAGGCGGAUGAGAAUUCUUUGAUUUCAACCAAAGAAGAGCCUCCAGUUCUUGAAAGGGAGGCUCCAUUUUUGGAAGGGCCCUUGUCUCAGUCAGAACUUGGAGGUGGACAUGCUGAGUUGCCACAGCUGACCUUGUCUGUGCCGGUGGCUCUUGAAGUCUCUCCACGGCCUGCCCUUGAGUCUGAGGAACUGCUAGUUAAAACAACAGGAAAUUAUGAAAGUAAACGUCAGAGAAAACCAACUAAGAAACUUCUUGAAUCAAAUGAUUUAGACCCUGGAUUUAUGCCCAAGAAAGGGGAUCUUGGCUUUUCUAAAAAGUGUUAUGAAACUGGUCACUUGGAGAAUGGCAUUACUGAAUCAUGUGCUGUAUCUCAUUCUAAAGCAUUUGGUGGAGGCACUGCCAAGAUAUUUGAUAAACCAAGAAAGCGAAAACGACAAAGGCAUGCUACAGCCAAGGUGCAUUGUAAAAAAGUGAGAAAUGAAGACUCAUCAAAAGAAACUCCAGGCUCAGAGGGAGAACUGAUGACGCAUAGGACGGCUGCUAGCCCCAAGGAGACUGUUGAAGAGGGUGUAGAAAACGACCACGGGAUGCCAGUGUCUAAAAAACUGCAGGGUGAACGAGGCGGAGGAGCUGCGCUCAAGGAGAAUGUUUGUCAGAACUGUGAGAAACUGGGUGAGCUGCUGUUAUGUGAGGCUCAGUGCUGUGGAGCUUUCCAUCUCGAGUGCCUUGGAUUAAAUGAGAUGCCCAGAGGAAAAUUUAUCUGCAAUGAAUGUCGCACAGGAAUCCAUACCUGUUUUGUAUGUAAACAGAGUGGGGAAGAUGUUAAAAGGUGCCUUCUGCCCUUGUGUGGAAAGUUUUACCAUGAAGAAUGUGUCCAGAAGUAUCCGCCCACUGUCAUGCAGAACAAGGGCUUCCGCUGCUCCCUCCACAUCUGCAUAACGUGCCAUGCUGCUAAUCCGGCCAGUGUUUCUGCGUCUAAAGGUCGUCUGAUGCGCUGUGUCCGCUGCCCUGUGGCAUACCAUGCCAACGACUUUUGUCUGGCUGCUGGGUCAAAGAUCCUUGCGUCUAAUAGUAUCAUAUGCCCUAAUCACUUUACACCUAGACGAGGCUGCCGAAAUCAUGAGCAUGUUAAUGUUAGCUGGUGUUUUGUAUGCUCAGAAGGAGGCAGCCUUCUGUGCUGUGAUUCUUGUCCUGCUGCUUUUCAUCGAGAAUGCCUGAACAUUGAUAUCCCUGAAGGAAAUUGGUAUUGCAAUGACUGUAAGGCAGGCAAAAAGCCACAUUAUAGGGAAAUUGUCUGGGUAAAAGUUGGGCGAUACAGGUGGUGGCCAGCUGAGAUCUGCCAUCCUCGAGCUGUACCUUCCAACAUUGAUAAGAUGAGACAUGAUGUGGGCGAGUUUCCUGUGCUCUUCUUUGGGUCUAAUGACUAUCUGUGGACUCACCAGGCCCGAGUCUGUCCCUACAUGGAGGGGGACGUGAGCAGCAAGGAUAAGAUGGGCAAAGGAGUAGAUGGGACAUAUAAAAAAGCUCUUCAGGAAGCUGCAGCAAGGUUUGAGGAAUUAAAGGCUCAAAAAGAGCUAAGACAGCUGCAGGAAGACCGAAAGAAUGAUAAGAAGCCACCGCCUUAUAAACAUAUAAAGGUGAACCGUCCUAUUGGCAGGGUACAGAUCUUCACUGCAGACUUGUCUGAAAUUCCCCGUUGCAACUGUAAAGCUACUGAUGAGAACCCCUGUGGGAUAGAUUCCGAGUGCAUCAACCGCAUGCUGCUCUAUGAGUGUCAUCCCACAGUCUGUCCUGCUGGGGGGCGCUGCCAAAACCAGUGCUUCACUAAGCGCCAGUACCCAGAGGUGGAAAUUUUUCGCACAUUACAGAGGGGCUGGGGUCUCCGAACAAAAACAGAUAUUAAAAAGGGCGAGUUCGUGAAUGAGUAUGUGGGUGAACUGAUAGAUGAAGAAGAGUGCAGAGCUCGGAUCCGUUACGCCCAGGAACAUGAUAUCACUAAUUUCUACAUGCUUACCCUGGACAAAGACCGGAUCAUUGAUGCUGGUCCCAAAGGCAACUAUGCUCGGUUUAUGAAUCAUUGCUGCCAGCCCAACUGCGAGACACAGAAGUGGUCUGUCAAUGGAGAUACUCGUGUCGGCCUUUUUGCCCUGAGUGACAUUAAAGCAGGCACUGAACUUACCUUCAACUACAACCUAGAAUGUCUUGGGAAUGGAAAGACCGUUUGCAAAUGUGGAGCCCCGAACUGCAGCGGCUUUUUGGGUGUAAGGCCAAAGAAUCAACCCAUUGCCACGGAAGAAAAGUCAAGGAAAUUCAAGAAGAAGCAACAGGGGAAGCGCAGGAGCCAGGGUGAAAUCACAAAGGAGCGAGAGGAUGAGUGUUUCAGCUGUGGGGAUGCUGGCCAGCUCGUCUCCUGUAAGAAGCCAGGCUGCCCAAAAGUUUACCACGCAGACUGUCUCAAUCUAACCAAGCGACCAGCAGGGAAAUGGGAGUGUCCUUGGCAUCAGUGUGACAUCUGUGGGAAGGAAGCAGCCUCCUUCUGUGAGAUGUGUCCCAGCUCCUUUUGCAAGCAGCAUCGGGAAGGGAUGCUCUUCAUCUCCAAACUGGAUGGCCGUCUGUCUUGUACUGAGCAUGACCCCUGUGGGCCCAACCCUCUGGAACCUGGGGAGAUCCGUGAGUAUGUGCCUCCUCCAGUACCGCUGCCUCCAGGCCCAAGCACUCACCUGGCAGAACAAUCAUCAGGAGUAGCUGCUCAGGGGCCCAAGAUGUCGGACAAGCCACCUGCUGAUACCAACCAGACAUUGUCGCUGUCCAAAAAAGCUCUGACAGGGACUUGUCAGAGGCCACCGCCUGAAAGACCUCCUGACAGAACUGACUCCAGGCCCCAGCCUGUAGAUAGGGUCAGGGACCUUGCUGGGUCAGGGACCAAACCCCAAUCCUUGGUAUCCAGCCAGAAGCCAUUGGACAGGCCACCUUCAGUGGCAGGACCAAGACCCCAACUAUCUGACAAAACCUCUUCAGUGACCGGCCCAAGUUCCUCAUCCUCAGUCAGGUCCCAACCACUGGAAAGACCUCUGGGGUCAGCUGACCCAAGGCUGGAUAAAUCCAUAGGUGCUGCCAGCCCAAGGCCCCAGUCACUGGAGAAAACCCCAGUCCCUGCUGGCCUGAGACUUCCGCUGCCAGAUAGACUGCUAGUCACCAACAACCCUAAACCCCAGACUUCAGACAGGUCCCCAGAUAAAUCCCAUGCCUCUUUGUCCCAGAGAUUACCACCUGACAAAGUGCUAUCAGCUGUGGUCCAAACCCUGGUAGCUAAAGAAAAAGCACUGAGGCCUGUGGACCAGAAUACUCAGUCAAAAAAUAGAGCUGCUCUGAUGGCGGAUCUCAUCGACCUAACUCCUCGCCAGAAGGAGCGGGCGGCUUCUCCUCAUGAGGUCGUACCACACAUUGAUGAGAAGAUGCCAGUGUUGGAGUCCAGCUUGUGGCCCGUCAGCAAAGGUCUGGGACAGAUGCCUCGAGCUGUUGAGAGAGGCAAUGUGUCAGAUCCUGUCCUUCAGCCUCCUGGGAAAGCCACGGCCUCCUUGGAGCAUCCUUGGCAAGCUGUUAAAUCACUCACCCAGGCCAGACUUCUUUCUCAGCCCCCUGCCAAGGCUUUUUUAUAUGAGCCAGCAACUCAGGCCUCAGGAAGAGUACCUGCAGGGGCCGAGCAGAUCCCAGGGUCUCCCAGCCAAGCACUAGGCCUGGUGAAGCAGGUGAAGCAGAUGGUUGGAGGCCAGCAACUACCUGGACUUGCUGCCAAGAAUGGGCAGUCCUUCAGGCCUCUUGGGAAGGCCCCAUCCUCCCUUUCCACUGAGGAGAAGAAGUUGGGAACCUCAGAACAGAGUCCCUGGGCUCUGGGAAAGGCCUCACCAGGGCCAGGUUUCUGGCCCAUGGUGGCUGGACAGACACUGGCGCAGUCUUGCUGGUCCUCUGGGAGCACACAGACAUUGGCACAAACUUGCUGGUCUUUUGGAAGAGGGCAGAACCCUAAACCAGAGCAAAGUACACUUCCAGCUCUUAACCAGGCUCCUUCCAGUCACAAGUGUGCAGAGUCAGAACAGAAAUAAUACUAGUAAAUGUCACACGACCAGACCAGCUACCCCCAGGGUUCUUGGGGAAGGGAAAUCUUUCUUUUUCCCCCUUAAAAAAACAAACCCCAACACUUACCACUGUUAUUCUUUCUUUAUAUCCCAACACUCAGAACUCUUGUGACAUUAGUCAGUGGGGGCUGUGGUUGUAUGAACCAUGUAUGGAAAUCCAAUUGGGCCUCAGCCAAGGAGACAGGCAGACUCGGGUCUCUUGCCCUCAACCUUUACAUAUGGUCAACUUGAAAUAAAAAGUCCACUCUGGAGUCAA